CGGUAAUCUGAUUUACGCGACGCUUCCGCAUGAUGGGCCUCGUGACCGAGCGUCUUGGACGCCUGAGCAGAAAUAAUAAUUUGACUUUUAAUAAUAGUUUGGGGUUCGUUUGUUUUUUGGUAAACAAGUUAAAACAGAACCAGCGGCUUCUCGCUCGACAGAGCACGAACCUGCCGCGCACGAUGUUGCUCGUGUUCAUCAUCGCGGGUCUCGGAGCUGUGACGUUGCUGGUGGUCUUAUUUGGACCACACAUACGAAACUUUGCAGCAGGAGCAGUGUGCAAGUCCCCAGCGUGUCUGGACGGGAAGACGGUCCUCAUCACCGGAGCCAACACAGGGAUCGGGAAGGAGACUGCGCGGGACUUGGCGAUACGAGGGGCUCGGGUGAUCAUGGCGUGCCGGGACGUGGCGAAGGGCGAGGAGGCGGCCGCCAGUAUACGCGCCGCGUACUCCAAAGCACAAGUGGAGGUGCGGGAGCUGGAUUUGGCCGACACCUGCUCGAUACGUGCCUUCGCACAGGAAUUCCUGAGAGAUGUCGACCGUCUUCACAUCCUCAUCAACAACGCCGGGGUGAUGAUGUGUCCCUACACCAAGACCAUCGAUGGCUUUGAGAUGCACAUCGGUGUCAAUCACUUGGGUCACUUCCUGUUGACGUCCCUCCUGGUCGGGCUAAUGAAACGCAGCGCGCCGGCCCGCAUCGUGGUGGUCUCCUCGCUGGCGCACAACUUCGGCUGGGUCCGUUUCCAUGACCUGCACAGCCAGGGCAGCUACAACAGUGGUCUAGCGUACUGCCAGAGCAAACUGGCAAACGUGAUCUUUGCCAGAGAGUUGGCCCGCAGACUCAAAGGCACCAAUGUGACCGUGAACUCGGUCCACCCGGGGACGGUGAACUCUGACCUCACCAGACACUCGACCCUCAUGACGAUAUUCAUGACGGUCUUCUCCAUGUGGUUGAAAACCCCGCGGGAAGGAGCGCAGACCAGCAUCUACUGUGCCGUGGCGGAGGAGCUGCACUCGGUCUCCGGGAAACACUUCAGUGACUGCGCCCCCGCCUUUGUUGCCCCACAGGGACGGAGCGAGGAGACGGCGAGGAGACUGUGGGACGUCAGCUGCGAGCUUCUCGGUAUCGAGUGGCACUGAUUUUCAGCGUUUCGCCAUCACCUCUUUCAGGCCUUGUCCACACGUACAUGGGUAUUUUUUUCCCCGUUCACAAGCAAACUGCGUUUUAUCUCACUGAAAAAACCGAACGUUUGCAAAACUCUUUCCAGGUUGAAGACGUUCAGUUGUAGAGUUUUUUGGGGUUGUGAUGUUAUUGCCGUUUUUGGGACCAGUAAUAAUGUUUCCAGGCUUCUGAUUGGCCAGCAUGGCUUCAUGGUGAGGGUUAUAUCACCACCUGUUGGUUCGGCAUACUACUGACAGCGUGGUUUUCAUGUGGACAGAGAUAUAUAUAUCGCAUUUCUCCCUUUUUUAAAAAAAAAUGAAUACCCGUGUAUGUGUAGAGUAGGCCUGUUUUUUUUUAAGGAGUCCUUAUCCCUUCUGCCAUCAUCCAUUUCAUUUGUUUUAUUAUGUUUUUUAAAAUGCUCUUUGUACUUUGAAUGAGUCUUACCUAAUAGGCAGUCAGGUAAUUAUGUAAGGUACUAUCAAGUAAAGUUGCUUUUUUAAAAAUGUGUAAUAAUGCAGUAAUUACAUUAUAAUAACUUGAAUAUUUUGAUGCCGUACAAAACCAUUCAACUGUAUCAUCAUGUGACCACAAAAUAACUUUUUUGACCUUAUGUUUUUUAGUGACAGUGUAGGCAAAAAAAAAAAAAGAAGCAACUUGACGUAUUGUAAAUUCCUGUCAGCUACUGUGAAGGGUCAAGCCAGGGUUCAAGACCAGCAUCUUUAUUGCGCGUUGAAUUGUUCAGAAUUUGCAGCUAAAAAUUGCCUCACUUUUGUGCCAGCGUUUCUAAACGAUUGCAAAUCGCAGGGUUUCUUACAGUGUCUCCAAGCCGGUUCAAUGAGAAAUUAGUAAACUUUAUCGGAGAUCAGCGUCGGUCUGACCCCCUCAAUUAGUGCUUGAAUUGCAUAAAUGUAUUUUUGUGAUAACUGUAGUACAUAUAGGCCAUAAGAGAGCUUUUCUAUUUUAAAACCACAUCACGGCAAUAUACUGUACACGGAGGAUUUCAUCCAUUUGCAUUGCCAAAAAAACUGCACAUUCCUGGAGGAACUGCAGUUUUACUCGUGUUUCCUUCUCAGCAUUCACAAGCAGGUUGCCAAGAGUUUACAUUCUGUGUUUUAUACGAGUGAAAUAUGCCUUUUAUUACACUUACAUUCAUGUUAAGAGUUGAAUGUUUACAUUUGAUGUAAAUAAACAGAAAUAUUGAUAUAAA